GGUCACGUGCCGCUGUUUGGCGCUUUUGUGCGCGCCCGGGUCUGUUGGUGCUCAGAGUGUGGCCAGGCGGCUCGGACCGAGCAGGGUUUUCCUUGCCAGUGGAUUGUGUAGAAUACACUGCCAGUCUCUUGUCUUCUGUUCACCAUGGCUUCUUCUGAUAUCCAGGUGAAAGAACUGGAGAAGCGUGCCUCAGGCCAGGCUUUUGAGCUGAUUCUCAGCCCUCGAUCAAAAGAAUCCGUCCCAGAAUUCCCCCUUUCCCCUCCAAAGAAGAAGGAUCUUUCCCUGGAGGAAAUUCAGAAGAAAUUAGAAGCGGCAGAAGAAAGACGCAAGUCCCACGAAGCCGAGGUCUUGAAGCAGCUUGCUGAGAAGCGGGAGCAUGAGAAAGAAGUGCUUCAGAAAGCGAUCGAGGAGAACAACAACUUCAGUAAAAUGGCGGAAGAAAAGCUGACCCACAAAAUGGAAGCCAACAAAGAGAACCGAGAGGCACAGAUGGCUGCCAAACUGGAGCGCUUGCGGGAGAAGGACAAGCACAUUGAAGAAGUACGGAAGAACAAAGAGUCCAAAGACCCUGCUGAUGAAACUGAAGCCGACUAAUUUGUUCUGAGAACUGACUUUCUCCCCUUCCCCUUCCCAAAUAUCCAAAGACUGUACUGGCCAGUGUCAUUUUAUUUUUGCCCUCCUGACAAAUAUUCUAGAAGCUGAUGUAGGACUGUAUAGGUAGACCCAGACUGUAUGAUGUUGUUUUAGGGGCUAAAGGGGAGAAACUGAAAGUGUUUUACUCUUUUUCUAAAGUGUUGAAGUCUUUCUAAUGUAGCUAUUUUUCUCGUUGCAUCUUUUCUACUUCAGCACACCUGGUGUGCUGGGUUAAUGGCUAGUACUGUAUUGGCUCUGUGAAAACCUGUUUGUGAAAAGAGUAUGUAGUGGCUUCUUUCAAACUGUUAGAUGCUGAAUAUCUGUUCACUUUUAAAUCCCAAUUCUGUCCCGAUCUUCCCAGAUGCUACUGUACUUGAAUGGUUAAUAAAACUGCACAGUGCUGUU